AUGGUUGUCGAUAUUCCUUCUGUCGCAGAUCUCAAACAAGCCGUCGAGGCUGGUCAGAGAAUCACGCCCGGGGACGUGUCAACGAUCUCACACGCCGAAAGCGAGUUGACUGGACGCGGCCCGCUCCGGGGCGGACCAGCGGCGACCGCACAAAGUUUAGCGAUGCGACAAAUGAAUUUCGACAAUAAGUUUGAAGAAGUGUCUCGAAAGCCACAGAGCCAUAUUACCCAUGAAGAUGCACGCGAGAUGCAAGCUGCUGAGGGUCGUGCAUUUAGCCGUCAUCCCGGUCGGGGCUCCGUGUCCCAACAAGUGCGUGCCAUUGCGGAUCGGAACGAACUUCUCGGUAUACCUCCCGUACCGACCGAAGUCCCGGUUUAUAUAACUAAAGACGAUGCCCGCGAGGCUCAACGAGCUGAAUCGAUGGUAUACGGAGGACAGAUCCCACGGCAGGGCAUGGCUGCUCAGAUGCAGAGCGCCGCGGAUAAGAUCGAGAAUGUCCAGCGUGACAUCUGGUAG